GAUCCCAGGCAGAUUUCACCGGGCAGCUCUCCUUUUACUGUGAAGAUGCCAGCUGUGAUCAGGGAUAAGGAGGACUCUGAAUCCUCCUCAGAAGACGAGCAAGAAGACCAUCCAAGCAUUGCGUGGAGUGGCAUUAGCAAGACCAUCCCAGUUCUCUUGUUUUUCCCUGAAGCUGCUGUUUCAAAAGAUGGAAAUAUCUGCUCUACUGGAGAGCGAUAUCGUAUGGCCUUCAAGAUUGUGCGCACAGAGAGCCGGCUGGUACGAGGAAUACUCACCAAUCAUGGAUUCCAUGAGAUUCACCCCAAUAGUAAUGACUUUAACCUCAUGUGGACAGGAUCUCACCUCAAGCCUUAUGUACUACGCAGCCUUCAAGACUUCCAGAAGGUCAACCACUUUCCCAGAUCAUAUGAACUGACGCGCAAAGACCGCCUGUAUAAAAACAUCCAGCGAAUGCAGCAGACUCAUGGCUUCAAAAACUUCCACAUUGUUCCUCAGACAUUUGUGCUUCCCUCUGAGUACCAGGAAUUCUGCAGUUGUUUUGCCAAGGACAAGGGCCCAUGGAUUAUCAAACCAGUAGCAUCUUCAAGAGGGCGAGGCAUCUACUUGGUCAGCAAUCCAAAUCAGAUUUCAAUGGAUGAAAACAUCUUGGUGUCUCGCUAUAUUAAUAAUCCACUGCUGAUAGACGAGUUCAAGUUUGAUAUGCGUUUGUACGUGCUGGUAACAUCAUACGAUCCAGUCCUCAUCUAUGUGUAUGAGGAGGGCCUGGCCAGGUUUGCCACAGUCAAGUAUGACCGGACUUCAAAGAACAUCAAGAACACAUUCAUGCAUCUCACUAACUACAGCGUGAACAAAAAGAGCAGCGAUUAUGUCAGCUGCGAUGACCCUGAAGUUGAGGAUUAUGGGAACAAGUGGAGUAUGAGUGCAGUGUUGAGGUAUUUGAAGCAGGAGGGGAAGGACACCACAUUGCUGAUGAGACAGGUGGAGGACCUCAUCAUCAAAGCUGUGCUGAGUGCUGAACAACAGAUAGCCACCGCCUGCAAGAUGUUUGUUCCCCACAAGACAAACUGCUUCGAGCUCUAUGGUUUUGAUGUGCUCAUUGACUCCAACCUCAAACCCUGGUUGUUAGAGGUGAACCUUUCUCCCUCCCUUGCCUGUGAUGCGCCCUUGGAUCUGAAGAUAAAGGCCAGCAUGAUUGCAGACAUGUUUUCGCUUGUGGGAUUUGUGUGUCAGGACCCCCUAUCGAGACAGCCACGCUCUGACCGAGUCACCCUGGACCCCAGCCUCAAGCAACCGGCAGCCCAAAGAACACAGAACCCUCCAUCUGCACGGACAGCCACUGCACACAGCAGAGUGCAGCAGAGGCCCACGUCAGCCAGUAACUCAGAAACAGAUGGGUCGAAAGACAAGCUAGGUCCUAGACGAGGAGACAGCACUCUGAGCUUGACUUCUGAGGAGAUCAAAGUGUUGAGGAGGAUAAAGGAGGAGCAUGAAAGACGAGGAGGCUUCAUUCGGAUCUUUCCCACGGCAGAAACAUGGGACCUCUAUGGUGGAUAUCUGGAGUCCAAGACAUCAAUGAACUACAUGCUGGCAAACAGACUUUUCCAUGGAAGGAAUGUGAACGGGAAUGUGCAGCUGCAGGUGGACGCCGUCCACAGCUGUCACUUGGUCCAGUAUGAGAGGAAGCUGCUGUCUCUGGAGGCACGUAAGAGGAGACAGCGCCACCUGACUCAUCGCUCUGCUGCAGGGAGGAAGAAAUCGGGGAAGGAAUCCAAGGCCUCCCCGACUGCGAGCAGCAGUCAGGAAGGAGAGGAGUGCGCUCAGGAGGAAAGAGAGGAGGCGAAGCAAGUUCUCGAGCCAGUCUCACACAGUGCUUUGGUAGCAGAGCUAAGAAAACAAGUGGCCACACCACUGGAGCGCUGCCACGGCGAGGCUCUGUCCAGCUCAGAGGCAGCCAUGCACAAUGCCAAGCCCAGAGUCGACCUGCUCAACAUCCUUCAGCAGGGGUGGGACCUCAGUAAAGUGCAGGCCCGGAUGGCCUUUUCCUCAUACCUGCAGCGAGUCCAGCAAAGACUAUUGGCAGAGAGCAGGGCCAACACUGUCCCAGCUUGGCCAGACAAGAACAACGAUCAAAUGGAGCUGGUGAUUCGCUUCCUGAGACGAGCAGCCAGUAACCUUCAACAAGACAUAAAGGUGGUCUUGCCCAGUCGCCAGCUUCCACUCCAAGACCGCAGACGCAUCCUGUCCCACCAGCUAGGGGAGUUUAUCCACUGUUACAACAAGGAAACAGAACAUAUGUUGAAAAAACAGGAGAAUAGCAAAGAGGAGCAUUGUGUUAACUUCAGUGUGUUUCAGGAGUACAUCACUGCAGCAAGUGAAAAUGAUCUGGAGGAAGUACUGACAUUCUACACACAGAAAAAUAAAUCAGCCACCGUCUUCCUAGGAACAAAAGUCAGGAGUGUUCAGAGAGACCUUCAUGAUGCCUCAGGCGACUGUGAGAAUUCCAAAACUCUGCCUGUGGCCAAAAAGGAUUCCAGCGCCUCGGAGUCCUCGCUCUCCACAGGGAAAAUCAGCAGUGACCCAGACAUCAAGGCCGCUGAGAGUCAGCCUUCUGUCCAUGCUUUGUCUGAAGACCAACAGGCAGUGGUUAGAACUGGUAAAACUCAGCCAGAGGUCCAGGCCUCCCAGCACUGCUCCAGCUUUCCUGUGACUUUAGACUGCACACAUAUUCACCUGCAGCACUGCUCUCCCGCCCCGAUGUCCCUGCCUCUCCAUUGCCCGCCACCGCCACCACCUCCUCAGCCACCGUCCUAUGCGCAGUCCUUGGCAAAGUCUCACUUCUGCCAUUCUGAGACUCUUUCUGACCCUCCUGCGUACACCUCUGCCGUCGUGGUCACGCAGCCCCCGAGAGCAACGUGGGCAGCUGUUUCCACUGGCUCUAACACAGUCUCUACUGGGAAACCAACCCAAGUGCUCAGGAGGAUUCAGUCCUUUACCUCAUCGACAUCCAGCUCUGGAACAGCCUCUUCCAUCCCAAAUGCCACGCACAUCUAUAGCCAGAUGCUCUCUAGACCCACCUCUGCAGGCCAAGUGAUCAGGAGGAGCAGCUCCAGUAAGCUGAAGUCAAACUCAAUGGGCACAUUCAAGGAGUUAAACUCCUUGUCUGCCCAAGCCCAGUCUAACCAGCAGGCCUUCAUCUCAGCCCUGCAAAAGCUGGCUGACAAGCAGGUUGCUCGCCACUAUGCCAGCUCCAGUCACAUCAACCUGCUGACACAACACUUGACCGACAUGAACCUGGCCAACAGAAUGCUGAGUAGAGAGAGCCUUACACUGAACCCGAAGGUACGGCAUAACGCUGCUAUGACCCAAGGGCCAGUGAAAGCUGUCCACUCUGGGACGGAUCUAUGUAGCAGCACAAGCCACAGGCCACUGAAGGAUGAGGAGGGUGUUUGGGACGGGCAGAUGCAGAGCGCCUACAGCUUGGUGACUGGGGUGAUCCCCCAGCAGCACUACCAGCCGACACAAGGAAGCUACCAGCUCCAGUUUGCUAUCCAGAAACUGCAACAGCAAAGGCUUCAGUCUCGACAGUUUCUGGACCAGAGCCAUUGCAGACAUCAGGCUCAACUGUCAGACCAGACGAGUUCUCCACAUGCCCAGGCUCCCACAAACUCAUCCAUCUGUCCCCCACCCAGCUUUCAUGUUCGGUCCAAUCACAUUCAUGGCCUCAGCCACGUCCAGACCUGUGUUAGUCCUCUUCUUGCACCAAAGCCACCCAGCAGUGCCAGAGAAGGACAGAUCAGAAAAACUGCAAAAAAGCGCCUCAUCAAGCAGACCUCCGCAGAGAGUUCAGCCAGUGGCAAUGUGUCCAGUGGCCAGCAUCCGGUCUACGAAGCCAUCUGUGGUAAAACAGGUCUUUCUGUGUACCAAAGGCUGUUCCAGGGCCAGGAGCCCGGUCACAGAUGACACGAAGGCGACCAGAGGCACAUCCUGCCCCUCUGUUGGCCUGACAGGUGUCUCUGCAUGUAACUACAUCCUCACAGAGGUGUAUUCUGGGAAAGGACAACAGCAGCAGAUGAAAGCAUGCCAGACAUCGGACAGGGCCCUAUUAACUUCUCUAUGAUACAGCCACAGACAUGCGAGAGGAUGGUCUGCAAGGCCAGGAAUGCCCAGCUUUGACGCAGGUUGGGAUUUUGUUGCGCAGCUCAACAUCAGUUGGCCUUUUCAGCUCCCUACCCCCUUCCCCCCUUCCCCUCAUCCCCCUUGGCUACACUCUGUCCGUAUACCAACAGUUGUCCGCCCUCAUUCUCUCCAUGCUACUGAUGCCACAGAAAGAUUUCACUGACAGAUAGCUUUCAGCAGAUGGUUCUUCAAGCCCCAGUGGUAUUUUACAUACGGGAUUCAACAAUUUAUUCUUUACUCAUGCAUGAAUGGCAUGUGCCCCGCCAGCCAUUCAUGUCGAUUUUUUUCUUCCUCCAGCGUUAUACAAACAGGUGAGAUGGGGGUUUUGCUAAUAAAAGGUUAUGACAAGUAUUGUAGAGGUUGCCAGAGCAGCUUCUCAUCUCAGUUGCAUGCGGAGAAGUUCCUUUCAUGUGUGGCUUCUGGCAUUAGACACUCCAUCUCCCGGCCCUUGUUGGACACCAAAUUGCUGCCAAAUCACACUCUACGGCCCUUGCCUGGGGAUGGGCUUCAGUAUAGCAUCUCUUUCUCAUAGGCUUAAAAAAGCAAAUUUGGAUUGUAAGAGCUUAAAUACGUUGGGUUGCUGCCUUGUUACGAUGUAACUCUGAUGCUGGGAAGUUUUAUAUCAAGAAUUCAGUGAUUGUUCCUGUAAACUGUUGACAUGUUGAUGUUGUUUUCCUUGGAUGGACCAAAUUUAAUAUUAAUAUUAAAUACAUUAUUGUUAUUGCAUCAGUAUAUAUUUACUGUACACCUGUCUACCAGAAGGCCUUGUGGCUGUUUCUGUAGCUCAAAGCAUAGCAUAAAGAGAAAUUAUGCACAGCCUUUCCUACAUUGAAGGUUAAUGCUGCACCAGCAGAACAGUAUCCUUAUGGAUAUUGCAUUGCUUGGGACCAUAUGGUGAGUUCACUCAGGGUCUGUUAAUAGAAUACAACAUUUCUGUUAUAUAUCAAGAGAUUGAGCAUAUGUUUAUGAUGUCUGUCAGAAAUACUUGAAUUUCACGCAUGUCUUUGUCACAUCGACUGAUGCCUGUCAUCAGUGUGAUUUUGCACAGAUUGUAGUUUCCAAUGCAGUACAACAGAACUGGUUUUAA